AUAAUCGGCAAGAUGGCUGCCUGUAUAAUAAACAUUGAUGUGCUAAGUUAAUCGAGCUCAAUGGAAGAUAAUCCUAAAGAUUCUUGCUAUUGUAAGCAACUAGUGGAUGAAACAAAUAAAUAUGAGUGCAAGAUAUGUGGACGUUUUCUCAGCACUAAACAGAGAAUACUUACUCAUCUGAACACAAAGCACCAAAAAAGUCCUUUGAAAAGGGUGUACAAGCAAUAUGAAGAUGAUCCCUCAGUCCCAGUCCCAAAGAGAACAGCAAUGCGACACUCAUCAGCAAGACAGGGUCUUUUCAUCAGCACUCCUCCAUGUUCUACAGAUAAGGAUAAAAGUGGUAGUGAAACUUGCAUUGAGUCUGACAAUACACAUGGAUUUUGUGACCAACAGCAUGAAGAAUUUUCUAGCAGUGAUUUUGAAAGUGACUAUUCUGAUGAGAGUAGUGAAGUUGCAUCAACUGAAUCAGAUUCAUCUGAAUCAGACCUUGAUUCAGAACUUUCAGAUUAUGUUGAAGAUGAGAUUUCCUCUGGUGGACCAGAAAUGUCAGUCUAUUCAGAAAUGGAAUUAAAUGCUAUAUGCUUAGUGUCUUACUUUUUACGGCAUAAUUCAUCAGGAAUUGCAAUUCAAGAUUUGUUGAACCUUUUAAGAGUGUUAUGUCCCGACUCCAGUCAGUUUAGGGACAUCACAUAUGAAAAAGUCAUGUUAUUGGCAGGAAAUACAUGCACAAACUGUAAGACAAUUGACUACUGUUCUAUAUGUGGUCAGAGAUUUCCUGAAAAUGCUGAUUUAUUUAGAUGCGACACAGUUGGGUGUGCAGGUUUACGCUAUAAGGGAAAAUUACAUGCACAACAAAGUACAAGUCGUCAACCUAAAAACAGUUUUGUUUUAGCAGAUGUUAAAAAGCAACUUCAAUUUAUUUUUGAAAGAAAAGGUUCAUGGACCAGUAUACAAAAUACUAAAAAGAAAAUUGGCCAAAAUAUUGGACACACAGAAAUAAGUGAUAUUUGUGAUGGCCAAUUUUAUCGAACUUUGUGUCAACCUGGACAGUUUUUGAAUGACUCCAACAAUAUAAGUGCUCUAUUCAACACUGAUGGUAUUCCCCUGUAUAAUUCUUCAAAUGUUAAAUUGUGGCCUGUCUUUCUUGCCAUCAAUGAACUGCCUCCAUCAAGUAGAUUUUCUAGGGAAAACAUGGUAUUAGCAGCUAUUUGGCAAGGAAAGGAUAAACCACCGUUCUCCCAAUAUAUGUGUGCAUUUGGAGAACAGAUGUGCAAGUUGUAUGUAGAUGGUAUGAAUAUAAAGCCAUUUGGUACCAAUGCAUCUUUAGAUGUACGACUUGCUGUCUUUGUUGGGACAAUGGACUUACAGGCAAAAGCCUACGUCCUGAACAUGACUAUGCAUAAUGGUGAAUACGGCUGUUCUGCUUGCGAAGAGUCAGGAACGUCUGUCAGACAAGGAAAAGGAUAUGCAAGGUUCUAUCCUUACCGAUCACUAAAUGAUCGUCCUGUCAUGCGUGAGUCAGAUAAUGUCAAAUAUGAAAAAGGGCCAAAUGCAACAUCAACUCGGCGUAUAAAAGGCGUUUGCGGAAUAACUGGCUUGGCUGCUAUGGAAUGGUUUGAUGUUGUUAUAGGUGUUGUGCCUGACUACAUGCACUGUGUUUUACUAGGUGUGAUGAAAGCAAUCAUGUAUAAAUUAUUUUCACCUACAAACAGUGAUAAGCCCUACUUUAUAGGGAAAGAUAUUAAGAAAAUUUCUAAACGCUUAAAUGGAAUAUGUCCACCUGAUUUUAUUGAGCGUAUGCCAAGAGAGUUGGAGAAAAACUACAAUCAUUUCAAGGCCACAGAACUUCAAACUUUUUUACUGUUUUAUUCCCUGCCGUGCCUUAAUGGGUAUCUUGAUGAUAUUUACUUAAAACACUUAGCCCAAUUAAGUGAAGGAAUUUAUUUAUUACUUGGGGAUACCAUUACAGAAUAUGAUCUCCUUAAAGCUGAAAGGCUUUUAGACUCUUUUUAUGAACAGUUUCCAAACCUUUAUGGACAAGGAAGCUGUGGACUGAAUGUUCACAAUAUUGGUGCCCACAUGGUAUUUUUUGUUAGAAUGUGGGGACCAUUGUGGAGUUGGAGUUGCUUUGCUUUUGAAGAUUGGAACGCUGCAUUACUUCAGUCUGUUCAUGGUACAGGAGAUGUUACCAAACAAUGUCUGCGCAUGAUUGAACUUCAACUAAAAAUGAAUUGCUUUAAUACUGACAGUAUAGCACAUGGAGAGACUCGAUCAUAUAUCAUAAAGAUGAAAAAGCGGUCCAAAACUUGGUCUGUCACUCCUUACAAUGAAAGAGUUGCCACAGCAGGUGCACUGAAACCUUUUACUAAUGUGGAUGAAGAUGAAAUAAGUUUCAUUUUGAAGGAGACUGGAUGUGAUAGUAUUCUUUCUUUCAAGAAGGCUCUUAGAGUACAAGUUGACAAUCAAAAACUAUAUGCAGAAGAAUACAAUAGAAUGAAGAAACGUAUCUGUAAUGUUGUACGCUGCAAGAAUGGUCAACUUCGACAAAUAAAGUACUUUUUAAUUUGCACCGAAUUGAACAGUGUCCUAGCCUUUGCUGAAAAAAUUGAAAUCCACCAUGAAAGCUUUAUAUGUGUAGAGGAUUCUCAUCACAUCAUACGAGUGAAUGAAGCUUCAGGGAAAGAUAUUUUUCCUGUUGAAAAUAUAUCAGAAAAAGUAUUCUUUAUGAAAGUAGAUGGUUUUAAUUAUGUUGCUUGUAUGCCAAACUCUUUAGGUCACAGUAUUUUUAAAUAAUCUGUAUUUGUGAUGUAAAUAAUGCAAGUGAUAUUAAAUAUCAAUAUCAACAUGAUCAA